AAGCUACAAUGAAUUAAUUUUUCAAUCAAUUCAAACCGUGAUGUUAUCCUUUCGCUAUCGUUUCUCUUCUUUCGCAACUUCUUCUCGGAGACUCUUGUUCCUUGUUCCUUCACAGACACACACUCUAACCAACAUCUCCACAAAUCACUCUCUCUGCUCUGUAAAACCCAUUAAACAAAAUAAUGCCUUCUUUUCUGUUGCUGUUGCCAAUGACAUUCAUUCUUCUUCUUCUCUCUCCAAAGAUUCUCCCUUUUCAGGGUUAGAGGAUGUUUUUGUGAGCUUCCUCUUUGGAAAGAAAAAGGCAACGGAUGUUGCUCACAUGGUAUGGAAACAUGUUGUUCAAAAAGGAGACACGGUCAUCGAUGCCACAUGCGGCAAUGGUUUUGACACCUUAGAGAUGCUCAAUUUGGUUGCUGAUGAUUCACAUAAUGGUUAUGUGUAUGCAUUGGACAUUCAGAAAGAUGCUUUAGAUAAGACUUCAUCGUUGUUGGAAGAGUCGCUUAAUUCCUAUCAGAAACAUGUCAAGCUCUUCAAUAUUUGCCAUAGUAAAAUGGAGGAAGUUGUUCAAAGGAAUUCCUCAGUUAGGCUUGUUGCCUUUAACUUAGGUUAUCUUCCGGGAGGCGACAAGGAAAUAAUAACAAGAUCGGAAACAACAUUACAAGCAUUAGAAGCUGCAGAGAGAAUCGUAAUACCAGGAGGACUUAUUAGCAUAGUCGUAUAUGUUGGACACCCCGGUGGAAGGGAAGAAUUGGAGACUGUUGAAACUUUUGCUGCUAGAAUGUCUGUUGAGAAUUGGAUCUGCUGCAAGCUACAAAUGUUAAACCGGCCAUUUGCUCCAAUACCAAUUUUCUUAUUCAGAAGAUAAUGAGGUUUCUUGGACUCUAGAUCACCUUGGGUUUCCUGUUCUUCAUUCAGUUUGCCUCGAUCCCUGGUCGGAUUCGAGUGUCUUGAUCUUGGGUUGCCACACCUGUUAAGUGUGUCUGUUUCCUCCAUAAAUUAGUUUGAAUCAUGUUGAUUUACAAAAUGAUAUAUGGCUGUUCAUGGAUGGAAAAUGAUUUGUAUUAAUGUCCUUAGGAGCAACCCCUACCCUCAUGUAUAUCCUUUUGUAUGGAUUUGUAGAAGAUAUUACACUUAGUUAGGGUUGUUCAAAAAACUGUGAAUCGAACUGCCGAACCGAACUGAUUGAAGCUAAAAUAGUCGAACUGUUAUGUUUGAUUAGUGAACCGAAACAUAUUGUACAAACGAUUUUAGAACCAA